CUCGUCCCCACUCUGCAAAGGCUGUGUUUGUGUGUGCCACCGCUACCCGAGACGCGCCCGGCAUCUUGAAUAAUAAAGUCGCACUGAGAACGGAAGGAAUAGACCUACCAGGAACUUUUUAAGAGUAGCAAUAUCGAGUACGUGGACAAGAUAAAGGAAAACGACAUACACUGAUUUUUUGCAGAAUUACAGUUGGUGGUGAUUUGAAGUUUGAAGAUAUGAGGAUUCUACGAGUUGCGCUCCUGCUCGUCCAUGCCUUUGGUAAGUAUCAAGUUACACUUUUAUAUCUCAAGUCAGAUUAUAUAGUUCCUUUUCUGUAGCGUUUAUACUUUAACAUUGAAAAAACUAUUGGUGGUAAUAGUUUAUCCUAGACUUGAUUCCUCCUAAGUGGUCAUUUUCAUAUUCAUAAGAGACAGGUAUUGGAGUUACACUUGUUGACUGUAAAAAAGUGUGAACUUCUCUAGCAUGACCUUCUGAGCACAUCUCAUAAACUUUUAAAAGAAGAGUCAACGAUUUUCAUAAGGUGGAGGCCAGCCUAUGCUAUUCAAGAACGAAGUAUGGUCAUCUUUCUAUUUUAAAACAUGCUUUAUGUAACUGGAUAUACUUAUUUUUAACUCAUAUUCUUGUACAUUAGCUAACUGUCUGUCUAUGCAACAUUUUGUGUACCAUAGCCAAGCAGGAUUAUAGUCUCCCCAGUACAGAAUACUGUACAUGCAUGAAGUUGUUGGGUGCCUCACAGUUCUUGGAGCUGAAAUGCAACUAUCCAGUUUUAUAGGCUCACCUGGAGGGGCCAUGGGGCCUCAUGCAGGGCUGUCAGUCUAGAGACAUGUUUCAACUUGCCCACUCAAACUCCUCCAUUUUCUUGGCACCUGAAUUAAUUACUGUGUUGGAAAGUAAAGCUUUUGUUCCCAGUGAGCAAAAGUGCUUGAAAAGAUGUCAUUUCAACCAGUUUUGCCAUUGAAAUUAUGUAUUUUCAACCAGUGUUGCUCACUGGGUUAACUCCUCACAGUGCCAGUCAGAAUCUAGUCUACAUCUCUAAAUCACAGACUACUGAAUGGUGUAGCAUCAAUCAAAAUGUUAAUCUUGUGUUUCCUUGUGUUUUCCAGUGGUGUCGACGUUGGUGAGUGGAGCUGUGGUGGACAGGUAUGAGAGUGAGAGGCCGCAGCAGCACACGGCAGUUAUCAACCUGUUGGAUGUCCUGAGCGACAGAAGGAUGGAGGGAGGGAUGGAGGAGAGUAACCACGGCGUGGAGGGUCCAGUGUUGGAGGAUGAGGAGUACUAUGAUUACUACCAUGAAGAUGAAGAAGAUGCCUCAGGGGACUAUGAGGUGGAAUUACCUCGAGGUAUUUAAUAACUCACUGUGAUUUAUGUUUGUUUAUUGCUCUGUUGUAAAUCCUCCUCCUAUUGUUUAUAGGUUCUGGAAUCCUCACUGACACAUUUGUUAGAAUACCCUUUAUAAACAUGAUUUAUUACACUAUUAUCCAUGAGUUUAUCUGGCAGGUUGUCAGUCAGUUCCAUUUUAACACCUGUUCCUAUGUAACCCCUAGUUAAAUUGACUGUAUCGAACCAGGUAGCCUAGCGGUUAGAGCGUUGGGCCAGUAACCGAAAGCUCGCUGGUUCGAAUACCUGAGCCGACAAGGUGACAAAUCUGUCGAUGUGCCCUUGAGCAAGGCACUUAACCCUAAUUUGCUCCAGGGGAGCCACACUACUAUGGCUGACCCAGUGAAACAACAUAUUUCACUGCACCUAUCUGGUGUAUGUGACAAUAAAACAUGUAUUCUAUGAGAUGUGUUGGCUAGAUCCAUGGAAUCAGUUGAUUAACCUUUCUUGUCUGUGUUCUUUUCUUUUUUAGUUGCAUUGUCGACUAAACCUAAAGACCCAUCGGUCCAUCUUGGAAGCUGAGAGGAAGAGGAGGAGAGGAAAGGGGAGGAAGAAGGGAAAGGGGAAUAAGAGGAACCCUUGUCUGAAGAAGUAUAAGGACUUCUGUAUCCAUGGCACCUGUCAUUACCUGAGGGACAUCAAAGCUCCGUCAUGCAUGUAAGAAACACCUCUCUAUCUCUCUUUCUUUCUCUCUAUCUCUGUCUCUCACUCUAUCUCUCUCUCUCUUUCUCUAACUUUCGCUGUCGCUCUCUUUCUCUCUAUCUCCAUCUCUAUCUCUCCAGAAGAACAAUAUGCCUUUUGUACUGUAUGUUGCAUGAAUCAUAUCUCACCCCUCUCCCUCUCUCUCUCUCUCUCUCUCUCUCUCUCUCUCUUUCUCCUUGUGCAGAUGUCGUCCCAGUUACUCUGGGGAGCGGUGUCACCUGUUCACGCUGGCUUCAGAGGGGAGGGACGUGGGAGGCUACAGCAGGACCACAGCUCUGGCUGUGGUGGCAGUGGUGUUGUCCUCUCUCUGUCUCACCAUCAUAGGCCUGCUGCUGGUGCUCAGGUCAGUACAACAGCCUUAACACACACACACACACACACACACACACACACACACACACACACACACACCAGUUGACCCACUUUUUUACCACUACUUCCUGGCAUAUUAUCUAACACAGGGGGGUGUAUAGAACCAGAGCAGCUGUAUGACACAUUACACAUUGCAUUAUGCAUCAGCUGGAGAUUGACAAAGUCAGUAUUGGCACUGUAUUGUGGAAAUGGGCCAACAGGAAAUGAAUUGUACACAACCUAAUUGAUUGUAGGAGAAAGGGAGAUGAGGCUAUAAAAAACAUAUGACAGGAUAGUUCAGCAUGGUCAUAGUUCAGCAUGGUCAUAGUUUAGCGUUAUUGUUCUCACCUCACAAUAAUUAUGGGAACCACAGAUGUUGUUCUUGUUGUUGAUGUUGUUAUUGUUCCAAAACAGUUCCAGGAUCCACAGGUCUUAACCCUGUUGUUGUUUUCCUCCAGGUUUCACAAGCGAGGAGCGUACGACAUAGAGAAUGAGGAGAAGGUGAAACUGGGGUCAGCGCCCAACCACUGAAGAGCUGGAGCGAAGGGUGAGUUCAAUCAAUCAAUCAAUCAAUCAAUUUUAUUUUAUAUAGCCCUUCGUACAUCAGCUGAUAUCUCGAAGUGCUGUACAGAAACCCAGCCUAAAACCCCAAACAGCUAGUAAUGCAGGUGUAGAAGCACGAAACCCCAAACUCCUCAGAGAAAAUCCUCUCUUUUCAAGUCCUGAACUGAAAUGUUAGAUCCCCUCCUAAAUUGAUAGGAGUCAGACAGAAAGUAAAAUGUUAUCAUAACUUUACUAUACAUUACAGUAGGAUUGUGAAACAGAGGCUGGAUUUAGAUUGAUGAAAGAUUAGUCUGGGUUUUGUUUUCACACGGUCUGAGUGUUGAAGGAAACUGAUCGCUCAUUGUUUCUCCCUCUAUUUCAGGACAGGAUAGGGAAAUUCUACCUCAAAAUAGAAAAGAAGAAGUGAAAAAAAGCCAAGAGAGAACCCAGAGAGACUUGGAAGGUAUGGCAGAGAGGGGGACUGGAUGGGUGUGACCUGGACACAUAGCCCCACCCCUUCUCACUGAUGGACAGAUGUGAUUGGGUAGCUCAAGAUUCUGCUGUAGGCCCUGCAACCUAUCAGGAGAGAGCCUGCCUAAAACUGGAACUCUGACUGGCUGGGAGAAAAGACUGGAGUGGUGAUGAGGAUAUGGAAGCUGAGAGGAAGAGGAGGA